UUAUUUUGAGGAAUCUCCCUUACCAUGAAAUUUUAGAUAUUGAUGACAGCAAAGUGGGAAAAAGUUAAGGAGAUAAAGGCUCUACUUGCCAAUGGGAGAGAGUUUAAAGGAACUGGAGCUGUUUAUGCAGAUUAGACCAUGUAGAAAGACAAUACUCUCAUCUACAAGUUGAUAAAGGAUCAAGUGUAAAGGUGUUUGGACUUGUUUAGUAAGGCCCUCAGAAACAGAUCUAAGACCAGACGGUGGAGGGCAGGAGGAGGCAUGAUUUGGCUUCAUAUAAGGAAGUAUUUGAGGCAGACUAGGGAGCGGUUGGAAGAAGUCAUAGGCUGCCUCCUGAGGAGUCAGUGCUCCAUCUUAGGUUACUCGGACCGGAGAAAAACUUGAAGUCGUGGGAGGGAUCCCAGGGAUUUUGUGUUUCUAGACAAUGCCUCGGACCAGAGAGGACGCAAGAAAAAGCAGAGGAUCGAAGGGUGUGAAAGAAAGUAGCCUGACCAGGCGGAGGCCAGUCGAGCUCAGUCCCUUCACUACCGCAGCUGCCCCGCUGGAAAGCUCAGAUGUAACCAGGGGGACUGGGAAUCCCUCCCAAGCUGCUUUGCGCGCGCAGAGACCUGUUGCUAUGGCAACGGAAGCGGUUGACCGUAAGAUUCAGACCAGGUUUGGGGGAGGGGAACUCAAUACGUCCAGGAGCUGGGCGUGGUUUCAGUUACUAUGACAGCCGAGACGCUUAGGCGGGCCUGAGGAGAGUUUAGAGGCCAAUGCUGCUCCGGUCCUCUGCAUGGCACCCAAGAAAGAUAAAGGAGGGGCUGUGAGCAACAGUUGUAAGAUAUGGGAGCCCUCGCUCAUCUCUGCACACUUCAAUCAGAACGAUUGGAAGGCCUCCAUCGCUUUUGUGAUUGGGAACCAGAUUGAAGACGAUCUACUCAUCCGAGCCCUCACCCUUGCGGUCCAGGUCCCUCAGCGUAAGCUCUUCAGUGUGGUAUCAUGGCAAGACAUUCUGCAGCAGAUCAAUGAGGUAAAUGCAGUUGCAACUGGAGCCAAGAAGGGAAAGAAGCCUGCAGGCAGCAGUGCACCCUUAUUUUAUGAGGUGCUAAUGGCAGCAAAAGCAAUUAUGGACAGUGGAGAGAAAUUAACCUUGCCACUGAUAGGGAAACUCUUAAAAUUUCAGCUUCUCCAGGUUAAACUUAAGGACCAGCAGCGACGGGAAAAUGAAAAGAAGGUGGUGGAAGACAGAUUUAAGUUAGAAAAGGAUAAAGGAAAAGGAAAAUCUCCCAAAGAGAAGAAGGUCCCAAGUGCCAAGGCUGCCAAAGGAGGAGGAGGAAAGGGAAAGGAUCAGCCUGAGGCAAAUGCAACAGUGAAAAAGACCACUGAGUUAAAACGGAGGGGAGAAGAAGAUGACACCAAAAGUUACAUUGACGAUGAGCCAGAUGAUGGUGCCCAGCAUUACAUUAUAGUUGUGGGCUUCAACAAUCCUCAACUCUUAGCAAUUAUGACUGAGCUUGGCAUUCCCAUAAGCAGCGUGAUUAAAAUAUCUUCAGAGAAUUAUGAACCUCUGCAGACACACCUGGCAGCAGUUAGCCAGCAGCAGGAAGCUUUUCUUCAGCCAGAAGAUAUACAAGCUGAAAAAUUGAAGAAAGAGAAUACCGUAAAAGAACUUGAAAUCUUCUGGAAGUACUUGGAUCCAAUCCUGAAUAACGAGAAACCUGAAACGAAUCUCUUCGAUGUUGCCCGACUUGAAUACACUGUCAAAGCAAGAGACUUUCCUUCAGACUGGGCAGACAGUGAGAUGAUGAUGGAAUUGGGUACCUUUAUUUUUGAAAAUAUUGCCUGCUUGAUGUAUGACACCCUGGAUUGGAAAAGGCAGCACAAGCACUAUUUGGAAAAUAUGCAGCUUAUUAACAUCCCGCAAGUGGUUCAUGAGAAACCUACGUUUGAAGCCUCAUUGGUUUCUGAGGCCCCACAACCUGUUAUUCCAACAGCUGGAAAGAAGAAAACACAAUAUGAAGAACCACAAGCUCCACCACCAGUGACUUUCAUCAUCACAACUGAAGUGGACAUGAGAUAUUAUAAUGAUUUGCUGAAUCCAGUUCCAGAGGAAUUCAUUUCUGUCCCCCUGAUAGUGCACUGUAUGCUUGAGCAGGUUGUGGCAACUGAAGAAGAUCUUGUACUCCCCAGCCUGAUGGAGCCGCUCCACAGAGCAGAUGGCUUAGACCACAGAAUCGCAGCCCACAUCGUCUCCAUCCUGCCCUCUCUCUGUCUCUCAGAGAGGGAGAAAAAGAAUCUCCACGAGGUAUUCUUAUCCGGAGAAGAAAAUGAAAGCAAAGCGGUGCCCAAAGGCCCUCUCCUACUGAACUACCAUGAUGCACUUGCCCACAAGAAGUAUGCACUAAAGGACCAAAAGAAUUUUGACCCAGUUCAAAUUGAGCAGGAGAUGCAGUCCAAGUUGCCACUGUGGGAAUUCCUUCAGUUCCCACUGCCCCCACCAUGGAACAGCACUAAACGUCUAGCUACGAUUCAUGAGCUCAUGCACUUUUGUACAAGUGAAGUCCUGAGCUGGAAUGAAGUAGAACGAGCCUUCAAGGUAUUUACAUUUGAGAGCCUGAAACUCUCUGAGGUUGAUGAAACAGGAAAACUGAAGCCUUCUGGGAUGAUGUGUGGAACAGAUUCUGAGCUCCUCAACAUACCGUGGGACAACCCUGCCAGAUUUGCUAAACAGAUAAGGCAGCAACACAUCAUGAAAAUGAACAGUCAAAAGGCCAGGCACCCAAAAGAUAUUGAAACCAAAGACAGAAUAAUAUUUGUGGAUGAGGCUUGGUUAAAGUCUAUGCAAGAUGAUGAGACCAAAGAACUUUCAGAUACCAAUCAGCCUGAUGCUAGUGAUGUGAAGCAUUCUAAUUCAAGUAGUACAAAACCCUCAGACCCUGAUAACAGAGAGCUGUCCCAGCAGGAGAGCAGCAGCAUGAAGAGUCAGACUCAACCUGAGUCUUUGGAGCAGACUACGGACAGUGAGAUCAAAGAUGAAGCAGUUACGAUGGCUGAUUCUCUUGAAAAGAAACCUAAGAAGAUGACAGUGGAAGCAAAUUUAGAGGACAUAAAGAAAACGCAGCAGCGCAGUCUAAUGGACUGGAGUUUCACUGAACAUUUUAAACCAAAAGUACUGCUUCAGGUUCUUCAAGAAGCCAAUCAGCAGUACAGGUGUAUCGAUUCCUAUUACCAUACCCAAGACAACUCUCUGCUCUUAGUCUUUCAUAACCCAAUGAACACACAACGUCUGCAUCGCGAAUGUUGGAAUAUUGCUCUUCACUCCAACGUUGGAUUCAGAAAUUAUUUGGAACUUGUUGCGAAAUCCAUUCAAGAUUGGAUCACAAAAGAAGAAGCUAUAUAUCAAGAAUCUAAAAUGGCUGAGGAUAUAGCUAGGACCAAGACUGAUGCAGAAUUCAAAUCUUCUGGCAAAGUUUCUUCUCCUGGCAAAAUUUAUUCUCCUAAAAAAUCUAAAAGUAACAAAGGAAUCAGCAAAGUAGAGGUAUCAGAGAGUGAAAAAGAGAAAGAAAAAGAGAAGGAAAAGAUUCCUUUCAUUUUAGAAGGCUCUCUCAAGGCAUGGAAGGAAGAACAAGACCGAUUAGCAGAAGAAGAGCGCUUAAGGGAAGAAAAAAAAGCAGAAAAGAAGAGUAAAGAAGCUGGUAAAAAGAAAGGCAAGGAUAAGGAAGAGAAGGAAGAUAGUAAGGCUCCAAAGAAAAAAUCUUCUCUCAAGGAUAGAAGUAAAGAGGAGCAAACAAAGGUCCCAGAACCAACAGAGGAGCCCGGCCAGCAACUAGAACCUGAGAUAGUUUACCCGUUUCGAGGAUACAAUAUGGGAGAUGUACCCAUCCAAAUCUCAGGAACAAAUUAUUAUCUGUAUCCUUCGGAUGGAGGACUUAUUGAAGUGGAAAAGAUAUUGUUUGAAAAAGGCCCAACUUUUGUCAAAGUGAAAGUGAAAAAGGAUAAGCACAGUUUUAUAAUUCACUUAAAAGACCCUAAAACAAUUGAGAGAAAGGAAGAUAAAGAAGAGGAUCACCCUUCAGAAGAAGAGAAAGAAGAAAAAAAUGAGGAGCCAGGGUCUGAAACAGAAGGAUCAAAUGUCAAGAAAAAAGCUAUAAGCAAGUUUGGAUCUUUUUCUGCCACCUUGGAAAAUGGAAUCUGCCUCUCAAUAAGUUACUAUGGAUCCAGUGGAAUGGCUCCAGAGGAUAAGGACCAUAAUUUGGAAACAAUGUUGAAUAUCCCUUCAGCACUUACUCCAACAAUAAUCCCUGUAAUAGCAACUAUUCCUCAAGGCAAAGCAAAAGGAGGGAAAACAAAAGGCAAAGAAAAGCCUAAAGAAUCCAUUAAAGAAGAAGAGCACCCAAAAGAAGAAGAGAAAAAGGAAGAAGUAGAACCAGAACCUGUUGUACAAGAGACUCUUUUUGUUCCCACCUUCCAAAACCUAAAUGUAUCUUGCCCCAGUGGGCUGCUAUUGACCUUCAUUGGGCAAGAGUCUGCAAAUCAGUAUGUCAUGGAUGAGGAACCUUCUUGGGACAUCAUGGUCCGACAGAGCUACCCGCAGAGACUGAAGCACUCUGAGUUCUAUAAAGCAGUAAUGCCACCAGUGGAGCAGGAGGCAUCGAGAGUUAUCACCAGUCAAGGCACUGUUGUCAAAUAUAUGUUGGAUGGCUCCACACAGAUUCUUUUUGCAGAUGGAGCUGUGAGCAGUAGCCCCGAUUCAGGUCCUAUUUGUUCUCCUCCUGAAAUGCCAGCAAGCCCUCAUAAUGGAGAUUUGAUGGACUCAUUCUCUCAGCAAAAAUCAGAAACAGUGCCAUCUGAGACUGUCAUCACCAAGAAAGGAAAAGGUCACAAAAAUCAGUCAUCAGUGGCACAUAAGAAUGAAAUCCAUGAACCUCCCCCAGAGACAGCGCAAACAGUGACUCCUGUGGAGGUUCACGUAGGCACUUGGUUUACAACCACACCUGAAGGAAAUCGGAUUGGCACCAAAGGAUUAGAAAGAAUAGCAGACCUGACCCCGCUUUUGUCCUUUAAGGCCACAGAUCCUGUCAAUGGAACGGUUAUGACAACUCGAGAAGACAAAGUGGUCAUCGUUGAGAAGAAAGAUGGUACUCGUAUAGUGGAUCAUGCUGACGGCACCAGAAUCACAACCUUCUUUCAAGUUUAUGAAGAUUGUAUUCCUCCAGAUGAUCAAGAAACAACCGAAGGUCUUCAGAGUGUCACCAGGCAGGUGAAGUGCGUGCGGAUAGAGAGCUCACACUAUGCCACUGUCAUCACCAACUGCGAGGACAGUAGCUGCUGUGCCACCUUUGGGGAUGGAACGUCUGUUAUCGCAAAGCCACAGGGAACAUACCAGGUGUUACCUCCAAACACAGGCUGUCUUUAUAUUGAUAGAGAUUGUUCAGCUAUAUAUAGCCAUGAAUCAAGCAGUGAUAUAUACCAUCCUUUCCAAAAGCGUGAACAGCUGAGAGCUAGCAGGUACAUCAUGAAGCACACAUCAGAGGUUGUCUGUGAGGUCAUGGAUCCUGAGGGAAACACUUUCCAGGUCAUGGCUGAUGGUAGUGCAUCAACUGUGUUACCUAAUCAAAACCUUGAAGAGGAUGUAAGUUCAAAUACUGAAGGCUAUGAGAGUUUAUCAUCUCUUCACCUCCAGAAGAAUCAUCUGCAAAUCUAUGGUGAACAUGUCCCCAGGUUUUUUAUUAUCUAUGCUGAUGGAUCAGGAGUGGAACUCCUUCGAGACAGUGACAUAGAGGAAUAUCUGUCCUUGGCAUAUGGAGAAUCCAUGACUGUAGUUCUUCAAGAGCCAGUACAGGAACAGCCAGGUGCCCUGAGCAUCACCGUCCUUCGCCCUUUUCAGGAAGCAUCGCCAUGGCUAAUGAAGAAAGAAUUAGAUACAAUUGUUCCUCCUAAUCUCCAGUCAAGGUCAUGGGAGACAUUUCCCCCAGUUGAGAAAAAAACUCCAGGGCCUCCAUUUGGCACUCAGAUUUGGAAAGGCCUUUGCAUUGGGUCCAAACAGCUAGUAUGUGCCCCGGCCCCUAUACACAAGAGUCCCAAUGUGCUACAGAUCCGCCAGUUCAUCCAGCAUGAGGUCAUAAAGAAUGAGCUGAAACUAAGACUGCAGGUUUCCCUUAAGGAUUACAUAAACCAUAUUUUAAAGAAAGAAGAUGAGUUACAGGAAAUGGCAGUUAAAGAUUCCAGAACCGAGGAGGAGAGAGGCAAUGCGGCAGAUCUCCUCAAGUUAGUUAUGUCUUUCCCUAAAAUGGAGGAAACUACAAAAAGUCAUGUUACUGAAGUUGCAGCCCACCUGUCCAAUUUAUACAAGCAAUCUUUGACUACAACUCCACAAUGUCCAUCAGAAUCAUUUACUAAAGAUUUCUUUGAAAAGAAAUGGAGGCAUACAACAGCAUCAAAGCGUUGGAAAGAAAAGAUACAGCAAAAGAGGGAUGAUAUUGAAAAAAUGAAAAACUAUCUAACAGAAAUCAGGAACAAAACAGUACCACCCUACUUCAAAUCUGAAUUGAGCUCAUUAUAUCAGUCUCAGUUUAAUUAUCUGGAGAGCCUUUCCAAAAAACUGCCUCCUUUGACAAAGAAACAUGAGGAUGCAAAUGAAACAUGUGUUCAAAAUACAUCUAAUCGCCCUCCAGAUUCCAGGCCACAUAAGGCUUCAGAACAGGAAUCCUCAGAUAUGCUUAGCCCUCCAAAAUCAGAGAGUCCUGUGGCUAUCUAUGAGUCCACUAGCCAGAAACAACCUGAAAAUUUAACAAAAUCUACUAAAGAACCAGAAUGUUACGUGCCCGUGAAAAUUCCAACCCAGUCAUUGCUGCAGAAUGUUAUGGGACAAGUAAGGAAAAAUAAAGUGAAGUUGCCUCAUUAUUUGCUGAGUUCCAAGCCCAAAUCUCAUCCUCUCCCAAAGGCACAUGAUUCUGUUGGAGGAAAAGUGAACACAUCCUCUGUUGCAUCUGCCGCCAUUCAUAAUGUAAAUUCAUCCCCUUUUGGAUUCCAUCUCCUCCCAUCAUCAGUAAACUUUGGAGUUCUUAAGGAAGGACACACCUAUGCAACCAUCGUAAAGCUCAAGAAUGUUGGAGUGGACUUCUGCAGGUUUAGAGUGAAACAGCCCCCACCCAGCACAGGACUGAAAGUGACUUACAAACCUGGGCCUGUAGCAGCUGGUUUGCAGGCAGAACUAAAAGUGGAGUUGUUUGCCAUGGCUGCUGGAGAGGACGGAGCCAAGGGAUCAGCACACAUCUCUCACAAUAUUGAGAUAAUGACUGAGCAUGAUGUUCUCUUCUUACCUGUGGAAGCAACAGUUUUAACAAGCAGCAAUUAUGAUAAAAGACCAAAAGAUAUUCCUCAGGGAAAAGAAAAUCCCAUGGUCCAGAAGACUUCUACAAUUUCUUCCUCUACACUUGGAGUCUUCAUGUCUCACCAAGUUUCUCCACAUUAGACCCAGUAAGUAAUAAACGGGAAUUUGAAUGUCAACCAUUCAGAGGUGAGGCCUUAGACCUCAGAUUUGCUGUCAUCUUCUUACAGCCAGAAACCAGUGAGACACUUGGCCUGGUUGAAUGAAAAUAUCUGCUUACAUUAACUACAACAGCUACCUCUUUAUAUACGUUAUAUCUAAUCCUCACACUACCUUUAUAUACAGAUACAAGUACAAUGUUAAAAUAUAUCUGAAGUUUAUAUGUAAUGUUUCCAACCCACAAAGACAAAUAAAGAUUGGAUUUAUAAAGAUACUGAUAAUAAAACACAAUAAUAAUUGAAACUUAAAAAAAAGGAGAAAAAUGAGCUAUUUGACUUACAUCUGAAGCGACUUACGAUGGAGUCUUGGAACAGAACCCCACUGUAAGUCAGGGACUAACUGUAUUCUAUUCAUUAGAAGCCAGUCAUUAGGUCCAGCCCACACUCAAGGGCAAUUAGUCUCAGACUGCUUGGAUCCCAAAAAGACCUUGGAAAAAAUGAGAAAGUACUUGGAAUACAAGGUAGUAUUGACCUCAAGAAACUUAUUUUCAAAACUCAGGAUCUUAAAUUGUGAGGAAAGAGAAUGGCUUAUGGAUGGUCUGUGCAGCCCAGGUAGCUUCUUCCUAAGGCCCCAUCCAUGCCCUCCCUCUCCUUCUCAGGUGAGAUCUGGCCUGGAAUGGCUGCUUUGGCCAGGCUUAUCAAUUACAGCAAACAGGUGAGUAGAAGCCUAGAUAGUCCUGGGCCCAGGGACUGACACCACUGCUUAUUCUCUGCUACAGAUUUGGGAUCUGUUCUUAUUCUCUGCUACAGAUUUGCUAGAUUUCUUAUGGGAUGUCACUGAGAAACCACUGACUACCAAAUACACCAAGCACCUAACUUCCAGCUAGGGAAUCUCAAAAUUACUAGGUGUAUCUUCUUUAAAUGUAUAUUAUAUAUUUAUUUAUUUAAAUACACUUAAUGUAAUACUCCUAACAAACCAUUUAUGAGGCCUUUCUUUGUUGCAUUACAGGAUUCUAUAGGUAACUUAAUACAACAUUUGAAGAGUUACAGGUAAGUUGCUGCCUUCAUUAAAUGAUUUCUGUACUCCGGAUUGUACCUAGGCAAUGGCUGGCUAAGCCAAUAAACGCUGACUUAAUGAAUAGAAGCCUGCUUGCUUUAAAACGCUUUUUUUUUUUGCUCACCUGUUAACCUUAAACCUUUAGUAGUAAGGAGUUUCAUGUAUUUUGACCAAAAGAUGUAGGCAGCCCGGUUACUAAUUGCACACAUCACUUCAUGUGUCACAAGUUCCCCUUCCCUUUGAUUGCUGUAAUACUUUCAGCAGCACCUUCAAAUCUAAUGAGUCUUAAUGAGCAGCAAUCUUGAAACAUAAAAGGAAUUACCAUUUAGAGUGACCUCUUGGAACUCGUUUUGGUCUGGAAACCAAUAAAAAUGGUCAGGAGAGAUGCUUCAAUUUUUUUAGAUUUUGAUGUGCAUCUCCAAGAAGCACAAACAGGAUAUGGAUUCAGCCUCUGCUUUAAUCAAUAGUUGAGACAUAUUUUGAGAAUUAAGCAACUCCUCUCCCUAGUAGCAACAACAGCCACCUAAAAGUUGAUUGGUCAGAUUGGAAAACACCUAGAAUAUAUUUUAUUAUCUAUUCUCUUACCUUUUCAUAGUUAAGCCUCAGGAAAGCUAUGCCAAAAUUCUCUUUCCUCUUGUUCUAUCUGGCAGUUGGAGUCCUGGUGGCGCAGUGGUUAAGAGCUCAGUUGCUAAUCAAAAAGUCGGCAGUUCGAAUCCACCAGCCACUCUUUGAAAACCUUAUGGGUCUGUUCUACUCUGUCCUAGAGCAUCGCUAUUACCAGAACUGACCUGAUGACAAUGGGUUUUGUUUUUUGGUGUAUCCUUUAUCUCACUUCAGUGGUUGUGUUAUGCUUGGGAACACUAACAGAUGCAAGGUUUGGGACACAGAGAGCCAAGCCGCCAAAACUCUGAGCCUGGAAAGAAAAUAGUAACACCUGUAACACAGUUACUGAGAUGAAAUAAAUUCAUAGAAAGACACAAACUACCAAAACCGACUCAAGAAGAUAAAGAAAACUUGAACAGACCUGUAACAAAUAAGGAGAUUGAAUUAGUAAUUUAAAAACUUCCCGCAAAGAAAUGCCUAGGACCAAAAAGACACCUAAAAGUCGAUCUCUUUUCCCAAACCAAUCCCAACUCCCCAAAUCCCUAGCAGAUAU